CUCUAUGGAAGACUGUGUGUGUAGCUGUUGUGCUGAGUAAUGAGAGGAGUAUAAUGAACAUUUUGUAAAGUGUUCUCUGUUUCGUGCUUGAGUUGUUGCUACUUUUAUAUUUUGCUUUCAAGAAAAGGAAGCAGCUUAGAAAUGAGUGUUUUUGCCCUAAGAAGAUAACAAGGAAGCAUCAAACACUUCAUAGCAUGUACAGAACUUCAGAUGUGAUGUAAUGCUUAAUGCAAUCAGGAAGCCAAGCGAGUCAUUGCCACUACUCACCACGCCAACCCACUUUAUAGCACCCAGUGCUUGCGCACAACUUUAUUUUGCAGGAUUCUUGUAAGACAUGGAUUUUAAGUUAUUUCAGCCCCUGAACGUUCUGCUCUUUUCGGUUGCAACAAACUCUAUCAUGGCUUCCUCAACCAUGAGUGGAAAAAGACAUGAGGUUUCCUUUCUGGCAGAAGAACAGCAAAUGUCAAGAGGAAAGAACCACAUCACCAAAAUCAAUGCAAUCGCAAAUGAGCCAAUCAUAUUUUCAGUUGAUUUCGCUACUUGCUUCCCAGAAGAUAUUUCCGUUAUAUGGAGAAACAAAAACAGCUCUCAGCAAGUGGCCAUAUGCAAAGAAAAGAUGGAGAGAAGCCAUGGACGUUUUCUGAACCGGAUUCAGUGUAAGAAGAACUCUGUUACACUCUAUAACCUGACACUGAAUGACAGCGGCACCUUCAUACUUUCUUCUACGUUUCCAUGCAAAGACGAAAAGGAAAUCAAACUAUUUAGUCUUAAUGUGUAUGAGUUCCUGCCUGUUCCGCACAUAGAACUAGAACAGAAGAAGAACACUCCGUGCUGGUGCAACUUUACACUCCGGUGCUGGGUCCCCUCUCUGGCAGUGGAAUAUACAUGGACAAAACGGGAGAAAAACAGCGGAUACAAACACUAUAAGAAUGGCAGCGCAUUAUGGGCCUCUCUGCAGCCAGAGUCAUGGCAUGAGGAGUAUCUCUGCUCUGUGUAUAAUCCGGCUCAUAACAGCUGUGCUACUAUUCAUGUGAGCGACAUCUGUCCUCUGUCUGCACCUGGUGCCGUUACAAUUCCGUGCAACUUUCUUGUUGGUGUUGGAUUUUGGCUUAUUUUGCUCAUGUUUGUGACUGGAGCAAUUAUGGUGAUUUUUGGCUCCAUAUUCUUCAAAAGAGGACCCCCGGCCCCUGACAAUGAGAUGUCAAUGAAAAACCUGACUCCAUGAAACAUUGCAGUUUCUGAUAUAACUGUGAGCUUUGGAGAUGUUGCCAUGUUCUACUUUAUUACUAUGGCAAGUGAGGAUCAGCACGACAUAGCUGAACUAAGCUUUUCCACCUACUUUACUCUGCCCAGACUGGGAUAGAUAGUUGACAUGAUGUCCUUGUUCAUUGAUACGUGGUUUAUACAUUUCAUUAUAAUUACAGUUAGUGCAGGCAGAUCUAUAUAUAAUACACAAAAGCAAUGAAUAUGUUGUAAAUUAUAUCCUUAUAAACGGUGAGUUCUGAUGUCA